CAGCGUUUUCAAACAAAUCGAAUGAGUGAAAAAAUGAAAAAUUGAAUGUUUUAGUCGGGCUUGGGGAGUGAAGGGGAUCCGAGUGGCAAAACAUUUUUGUCGGUAGUGUCAAUUUUCGAAUUCGAAUGUGCCGGUCCGUUGCGUAGUUCUACGACCGUCCGUCGGGCCUGCGAACUGGGAUCCGUCUCGCCUCGAUCUUUCUCGGUCGGCCCUCUCCCUUCCUCCCUCCGCCAUAUUCCUUUUCUCAUCUGUUCCCAUUUUCCCAGUCUGGAGAUCAGUUAUUCCAACGUUGCUGUUUAAGCGAGCCGUUUCCGAUUUAGAGUGUCGUUUUAUUGUUAAUUGCCUAGAGGCGAGUGAUAGUUGACAAAUUUCCAGUGUUAUGAAGUCAGUGCGCAUCCGGGUUUAGAUUAUUCACGACUCGCCCUGAAAAAUUUUUUUUCUCUUACUAAUACAUCGUUUUUUUCCCGAUGGCAAUGUGAUGGAAUUCCGUGGCCCAUAACAGUGUUCGGAUAGCAGGCGUUACGGUCGUAAGAUUGCCCGAACUGUCUUUAGUGUUGUUUGUAUGCGACGUCUCGGAUAACUACAGGACAACUUGAGGUGUGUCGGGCAAAAUGGCCGAGGUAGACCCAGAAACACUUCUUGAAUGGCUCAAUAUGGGCCAGGGAGAUGAACGGGAUAUGCAGCUCAUUGCUCUCGAGCAACUCUGCAUGCUCCUUUUAAUGUCAGACAAUGUUGACAGGUGUUUCGAGAACUGUCCACCACGGUCAUUCCUGCCUGCACUCUGUCGAAUAUUCCUUGAUGAAUGCGCCCCGGAUAGCGUUUUGGAAGUUACUGCACGUGCCAUCACGUAUUAUCUGGACGUCAGCGCCGAAUGCACUCGCCGAAUUGUGGCGAUGGACGGAGCCGUCAAAGCGAUUUGCAACAGGCUUGUCGUCACAGAAAUGGCAUCGCGUACAAGCAAAGACCUUGCAGAACAAUGCAUCAAAGUGUUGGAGCUGAUUUGUACCCGUGAAGCCGGUGCAGUUUUCGAAGCUGGGGGUCUAAACUGUGUGCUUUCUCUGAUCUCCGAGCACGGGGUUCACGUGCACAAAGACACGCUCCACUCAGCGAUGACAGUCGUGUCAAGGCUGUGCACAAAAAUGGAACCUGCCGAUCCAAACUUGGCCACAUGUGUAGAAGCCCUUUCCACACUUUUGACACACGACGAUCCUCAUGUUGCAGACGGUGCACUUCGAUGCUUUGCUUCACUUUCAGACAGAUUCACAAGGAGAGGCGUCGAUCCAGCACCGCUUGCUGAGCAUGGGCUUGUACGGGAACUUUUAACUCGACUGUCUAACGCAGCAGGGCCUGCACCAUCGGCCUCCGCACCAUCUGGCAAUCAAGGGCCAGCUGCGAGUUCAGCUACACCAGAAACAAAAUCUUCUGCAAGUGUUUCCACCAUAAUAAGCCUUCUUUCAACCCUUUGUCGUGGAUCACCCAGCAUCACUCAUGAUUUGCUACGUUCAGAGUUACCAGAUGCAAUAGAAAAAGCAUUAAAGGGAGAUGAAAGAUGCUGUUUAGAUACAAUGCGUCUUGUGGACCUUCUUCUAGUCCUGCUUUUUGAAGGACGGAAAGCACUGAGUCCGGGUGGAGCGUCUGUCCAUUCACUUCCUAGGCUUAGAAGGAUGGAUUCUGCAGGAGAAAGAUCACACAGGCAGCUGAUCGAUUGUAUACGGAGCAAGGACACCGACGCACUCAUAGACGCUAUCGAAAAUGGCGGUAUUGAAGUCAAUUUCAUGGAUGAUGUCGGCCAGACUCUUCUCAACUGGGCCUCAGCAUUCGGAACUCAAGAAAUGGUCGAAUUUCUAUGUGAGAGAGGCGCUGAUGUUAACAAAGGACAAAGAUCUUCGUCACUUCACUACGCAGCUUGUUUCGGUCGUCCUGCAAUCGCGAAAGUCUUGUUACAACACGGGGCCAACCCUGAUCUCAGAGAUGAAGAUGGAAAAACACCUUUGGAUAAAGCGAGAGAACGAGUAGACAUCGGACACAGAGAGGUUCAAGCUAUUCUCCAGUCACCAGGCGAGUGGAUGAUGGCAGUAGACAACAGGGGAGAGAACGAUGAACCGAGAGGUGAUCCAGACAUGGCGCCUGUUUAUUUACGCAGGCUCCUUCCUGUUCUUUGCAACACAUUCCAGGCCACAAUGUUACCAUCUGUUAGGAAAUCAAGUCUUAACCUAAUUAAAAAAAUGGUCCACUACAUUCAUACCUCACUACUCAUCGAAGCUUGCAGCCCAGAAUCGUCGACAUACAACCUUGGCACCAUGCUUGUUGAAGUUAUCGCUACUGUCCUCGACAAUGAAGAUGAUGAAGAUGGCCAUUUAGUCGUAUUGCAAAUAAUCGAAGAUUUGAUGACAAAGGCUCGUGAUAUAUUCCUAGAUCAUUUUGCAAGGCUCGGCGUAUUCUGCAAAGUGGCCCAACUUGCAUCCGUUACCUCGUCGACUCCUGAACUGCAGAGCAAGCCUCAAGAAAACGAGAGUGAUAAUAAUACUGGUAGUGAUGAUGCUAAAGAGGUGUUGCCGGGGAAAGCAUACCACUGGAAGGAUUGGUGUAUAUGUAGGGGUAGAGAUUGCCUUUACAUUUGGUCCGAUGCAGCUGCUUUGGAGCUCUCCAACGGCUCCAACGGUUGGUUCAGGUUCAUCCUGGACGGAAAGCUGGCCACCAUGUAUUCGUCUGGCAGCCCUGAAGGUGGCACCGAUUCUACCGGGAAAACCAGGAACAGCGAGUCACUUACUACUGAAGGGAGUAUGCCUGUAUGUACAGAGAAUAGAGGGGAGUUUCUAGAAAAACUACAGCGAGCUAGAUCGCAAGUGAAACCUAAUGCACAUAGCACACCAAUCCUUUCACGCCCAGGGUCCACCCGUAUCGUUGUAGGAAAUUGGGCUUUAUCGUCUCGUAAGGAGUGCGAACUGCAUAUUCAUAAUUCAGACGGGCAACAGCAAGCUACGAUCUUGCGCGAAGACCUUGCCGGUUUCGUUUUUGAGUCAAAUCGCGGCACAAAACAUUCAUUUACGGCUGAGACCGUUCUCGGAGCGGAAUUUGCAGCAGGGUGGACAGGAAAACGAGGCAAACGGCUCAGAUCGAAAAUGGAAGCGUUAAGACAUAAAGUGAAAACACAAUCUCAGGAAAUUUACGAUAAAUACUUUAGGGCUGCCCAAGCUCAACCGAGGAGCGUUGUAGCUAAACUUGGUGCUAUAGUUGCUCAACUGGAGAGAGCUGUUGAAAAACAGAUGUGGUCAACUGGAGCAAACAGAGAUGCUAGCCUGGCUGAAGCAAUAACUAAUUUAAGUGAAGUAUUGGAACAGCAGGUGUCCGCCUAUGAAGUACAAAGCAGUGGUUUAGUGCAGGCACUAUUAUCACUAUUUACUAAUUACAAGUACACUGUAAAUUUGUUCAAGCAAAAAGGGCACGAUGGAGGAAACCAAAGAGCGGCUGUGAUUCUUGUUCAUAAACUUGUGGCUGUAUUAGAAUCUAUAGAAAAACUGCCCAUUUAUCAAUACGAAUCUCCUGGAACUUGUUUUGGCUUGCAGAUUUUAACUAGAAGAUUAAGAUUUAGGUUAGAAAAAUUUACCGGCGAAAGUAGCCUGAUAGACAGAACAGGCCGAAGCUUAAAAAUGGAGCCGUUGGCUACUGUAGCCCAGUUAGAGAACUACCUGCUGAAAAUGGUUGCGAAACAAUGGUACGACUAUGACAGGUCGACUUUCGCUUUCGUACGCGCACUCGAAGAGCCGUUCGUUCGACUCAUGUUCCGACACCAACACGACUUUGAUGAAAACGGCAUUAUUUACUGGAUUGGAACAAACGCAAAGACUGCUGAAUGGGUCAAUCCAGCUCAAUAUGGAUUGGUCGUUGUGACUUCCUCAGACGGAAGGAACCUUCCGUACGGCCGCCUAGAAGAUAUUCUAAGCAGGGACAUGUCUGCUCUUAAUUGCCACACCAAUGAUGAUAAAAGAGCAUGGUUUAGCAUAGAUCUUGGUGUAUGGGUUGUUCCUUCCUGCUACACCCUCAGACACGCCAGGGGAUACGGAAGAUCCGCUUUAAGAAACUGGCUUUUCCAGGGUUCAAAAGACGGUAUAAAUUGGACUACUUUGUACACCCACGUUGAUGACACGUCUUUGAACGAUCCUGGAAGCUGUGCCAGCUGGCCAUUAGAAGGAAACAACGACGAGCCGAUCCGUCAUGUCAGGAUCCAACAAGCCGGAAAGAACGCCUCAGGUCAAACCCACUAUCUCUCACUGUCCGGCUUUGAAAUUUAUGGCGCCGUCGUCGGAGUCUGCGACGAUCUCGGUAAAGUGGCCAAAGAAGCCGAAGCAAGCUUGAGAAAGCAAAGGAGAAUCAUGAGGACUCAGGUGCUCAAGCAGAUGGUCAUCGGAGCGAGAGUUUGCCGCGGGAUCGACUGGAAAUGGAGGGAUCAGGAUGGCAAUCCUCCUGGACAAGGCACCGUCACAGGGGAACUUCACAAUGGUUGGAUAGAUGUUGCUUGGGACAACGGUGGCUCUAAUUCUUAUCGGAUGGGCGCUGAGGGUAAAUUUGACCUAAAGCUUGCAAGCGAACCAGAUACUUCAGGAACCAAACCCACUUCUCCUUCAAACAAAUCUAGAGCGAACUCGGAUGGAGCUGUUUUGAGUAAAUCUAGCUCAACUCCAAGCCUUGCCGAUAACGCUGACGCACAAGGGAAAAUGUCUGUAGCCAGUACUGAUCAGGCAACGUCCGCCGAUAAUCUUGCCGCAAAACAAGCUGCUGCUGCUCUGACCGAGAGCGUAAUGUCGAUGGCGAGGGCAAGCGCACUCGGCGCUACAGGCGAAUUGGUCACUUCCGAUCUCGCAACUAUCGUCGAGUCCCUUCCGAUACACGAAAAUGAAGCUGGCAACAAUAUGGGGAAGAAGGCGGGAGAAAAAUCAGGGCUUAAUGUUGAACCGUGUGUUGCCAAAACAAACCACCAUCACAAUAACACAUCCUCACUUCCUUUAUUUUGCAAAGGAUACAUACAACCUGCUAAAAUCAACAAGUUGACCGGUUGCUGUGAAGACAAUACCGAAAAGGGGUCGGAUAUUCUCAGAAAUAACACCAAUAACUUCCUUUCUGGGGACUUACUUCCAGCGUCUUUGCUCGUCGGCACUUCAGCCGCAGGAAUAGUCUCUAAUGCUCUGCAGCAAUCAGUUAAAAUAAAUGUUUCAAGUGGCAAUGAUCUGAUGGAACAUAAGGAUGAUAAAAACACUCGUUAUAAGAUCAAACAGCCAUUCUCAGAAAUGACUUGUAAGAAAGAUAAAUGUGAAAGCAAAGAUAAGGCAAAUCCAAUGAGUAUAUCUGUUCCCAAUCUUACCUGUACAGCAAAUUCUGCUCCUCUUGAGCAAGGCCUUGGAACAGGUUUGCUCGAAACGUUCACUUCGAUGGCAAGAAGGAAGCCGAACGUUGGCAACUCGACGGCAAAUAAUGCAGUUAACUCUAAUUCAAAUUCAAACCCAGUUGCCAGCUUUUUUCCAAGGGGGCCUAGCUCUGUUUCAAGCCUUGUCCGUCUGGCCCUGUCAUCCAACUUUCCAGGUGGCUUGUUAAGUACAGCACAGAGUUAUCCUUCGUUAACUACCGGAGGGAAUGCUGGACCUGGGGGGCCACAGUGUCAAGCCCUCACAAUGAGCCUUACGUCUACAUCGAGCGACAGCGAGCAAGUCAGCCUCGAGUUUUUGGUCCAGGACUUCUUGGAAAGCUGCCGGGCUCCGACUUUGUUAGCCGAGCUUGACGACGACGACAUCCCCGAUGAGGAGGAGAACGACGAUGACGAGAACGAGGACGACGAGGACUACGGAGAGGUUAUGGUCAGCACCAACUUGUUAACAUUCAUGGAGGAGGAAGGAUACGAUGGGAGAAACAUAUCGAUGAACAGCAGCAAGAGAAGGUCCUGGGACGAUGAAUACGUCCUCAAAGGUCAUUUCUCAGCACUCAUACCAGCAUUUGAUCCCCGUCCAGGCAGAGUGAACGUCAACCAAACGACCGACCUCGAGAUCUCGCCUCCCGGAACGGAGCAGUCCCAAUCAUCGCCGAUAAUCGAGACAACACACCAGCCCAAGAUACAGCUUUUCAUUCGAGGACCGAAUAUUCCAGGCGUACAAGAUGUUGAAGUUGAGCUGACUAAUCCUGAAUGGACUAUUUUCCGUGCAGUCCAGGCACUCAUUCAGCAAACUGAUCUUGGCACAAGGCAGGAUAAAAUGCGAAGAGUUUGGGAACCGACUUACACUAUUGUUUAUCGUGAAGUAAGAGAGGAUUAUAUUAGUGAGAAAGAAGGCGGUGAUAACACUCCAGUUGUACCUCUUUCAAAACGGAGGAGUUGGCUCAGCCCGUGCUCACCUUCAACUCCGACGCCGACUCCGACUCACACUUCGUCAUCUUGCACAGUCGAUCAAGUCCUUGAUUUACUUAAACAUCUUUAUGUUCUAACUCACCACAAAGAAGAAUUUCAUUUCCAUGAUGACAACGAAGAGAGAGCAAUGAACAUGACAAGGGAGGAUAUGCAUAGUAAGAAGCUAACCAAUAAACUUCUACAGCAGUUGCAAGAUCCGCUCGUUCUGAGUGCCGGAGCUUUGCCUUGCUGGUGUGAACAUCUGUCGCAGGAGUUUCCUUUCUUGUUCCCCUUCGAGACCCGACACUUAUAUUUCACGUGCACCGCUUUCGGCCCUUCGAGAUCCAUCGUGUGGCUUCAGAGCCAGAGGGAUGUCAACAUCGAGAGGCAGAGGACGCCCGGCCUGAGCCCGAGGCGAGACGACCCGCAUGAAUACCGCGUCGGAAGGCUUAAACACGAAAGGGUCAAGGUGCCGAGAGAAGGCAACCUUCUUGCCUGGGCCCACCAGGUUCUGUCGGUUCAUGCGUCGAGGAAGUCAAUACUCGAAGUCGAGUUCCAAGGUGAAGAAGGAACCGGCCUCGGCCCUACGCUGGAAUUCUAUGCUUUAGUCGCAGCCGAAUUGCAGAGGAAAGAUCUUGGCAUAUGGUUAUGCGAAGAUGAAAUACCAACAUCUUCUCUGCAGAUUGAUAUUGGAGAAGGAAUAAAACCAGCUGGAUAUUAUGUUAGAAGGCAUAAUGGACUUUUCCCCGCACCUUUACCUCAAGAUUCACCUCAAUGUGAGAGGGCUGAGAAACACUUUUGGUUCCUGGGCGUGUUUUUGGCGAAAGUGCUUCAAGACAAUCGCUUAGUAGAUCUGCCUCUUUCGCACCAAUUUCUCAAGCUUCUCUGCCAGGGAGACAGGAUGCAUUCGCUCGCCGACAAUAAAAUUUCUUAUUCAAGACUGAACGGCCUGACGAGAACCAAAAGCGGCGACGACGACCUUAUGCUCUCGUCUAUAAUCUCGGACUUGAGCGAGAAAGAACUUGAAUUCGAUCCGCCAAAGAUUAGCCCACCCAAGCCAAAACCAUGGUUGAGUGGAAUGUUGUCGUUGGACGAUUUACGUGAAAUCGACCCUGUUAAAGGGAGAUUCUUGUUUGAAAUGAGAGAAUUAGCAGCCCGGAAGAAUCGUAUCGCCAUGGACAACACAUUAAGCGCCGAGGCAAAGGCUCACCAAAUACAAAAUCUUUCGUAUAUAUCCUGUUCGGCUGCUGGACAGCCGGUCCGCUUAGAAGAUCUCGCAAUCACUUUCACAUACCUCCCGUCUUCAAACGUUUUCGGUUAUGUCGCUGCCGAUCUAACACCAAAUGGAUCAGACAUAGAGGUUACAAUGGAAAACAUCGAAGAGUACGUUGAACUCACUACAGAAUUCUGCUUAGAGCGUGGUAUCGCAAGACAGAUGGAAGCUUUCAAAGAUGGUUUCUCGCGUGUCUUCCCAAUUGAAAAAUUGAGGUCUUUUACGCCGCAAGAAGUUCGGUUGAUGUUAUGCGGUGAUCAGAACCCACAAUGGACAAGAGAGGACUUACUUAAUUACACCGAGCCUAAACUUGGUUACACCAGAGAAAGUGCUGGAUUCUUGAGAUUUGUCAACGUUUUGCUGAGCAUGAGUGGAGAAGAGAGAAAGGCUUUCCUCCAGUUCACAACCGGCUGUUCGUCCCUGCCUCCAGGAGGUUUGGGCAAUUUACAGCCCAGGCUCACGAUCGUGAGAAAGGUCGAUGCCGGAGAGGGCAGCUAUCCGUCUGUCAACACUUGUGUCCAUUAUUUGAAAUUGCCCGACUACCCGACCGAAGAAAUACUUAAAGAAAGACUUCUCACAGCAACGAGGGAAAAAGGUUUCCAUCUUAACUAAAACGGGGGAGGAAAAAAAAGUGAAAAAGAAAAAAAAACAUGUUUUAUACAAUUAUUGUUGAUUUAUAGUGUUGUGUACCUGACUGAAUCUCUAAGAUUGAUUUCUCUUUUUUAUUUGAAUAAAUUUGAUUAACUUUAACACAAUUUUAUCUAUAAUGUAUAAUAUAAAAGUUUGGUUAUGGUACAAUAAGAAUUCAAUUUAUGUAGAAAUUUAAAUGAAAUAUACAUUGUAAUAUAUAACUAUUUGCUACUAAGUAUACAAAUGAAAUUUAAUAAAUUUAAACAAAAUUUCUCCAAAAGAGAUGUAUGUAUUUAAAAUAAAAUGAAUUGCUGCUAAAUUAUCAUUUUAAUUGGCUUAGCGGUGCUUCAUAUAUUUAGCUAGUCCUAAAACAGUUGUAAAAUCUUUAGUAAACAAAAAAAAAGUGAAAAAUUUAUUAUUUAUUACUGGGAUUUCAUUAAAAACAAAUCCUUGUGCCUUACUGCACGUUCAACUAAGACAGUAUGGUUAAUUAAAAAUCUAUUAUAGCAUAACCCUUAAUAACAUUUUAUUUCAGAUUACUGUAAAUAGAAUGUGUUUAAAAUAAAAUGGAAUAUAUAUAAAUAUAUAAAUAAAUAAUUAUGUGCAAUAUUGCACACUACUUGGGUAUAAAAAAAAUCUUUAUCUAGUUUAUAUGUUCCAAAAUGUUUAAGUAUUUGUGAUCUUCUCUUGGUAUGUGAUGGGUUAGGCAUUAAGAUGUUUGACUGGACAUAAAAAAUAAAUAUUUUCCAAAGUUAA